GAGAGUCUCUCGGGAGGCUGGAUUAGCCACAAGUUGUGGUGAACCAGGGUAAAAUUCGGUGUGCCUCUUACUCUUUUCUUUACUUCUCUCUUAAAUUUUUAAUUCCUGCGAUUUCUACGAUCAAACGCUAUUCACCCCCCCCCUCUAUCAUUGGUCUAUUAUUCUAACAAUUGGUAUCAGAGCCUAACUCACGUCCAAACUUAACCGUUUGAGAGUAAAGCGAUCAUGGGUUCUUCUUCUAGAAAUCUUUAUGCAGGAAUUGGAGAAGGUCAAUCAACCUCUAUGCCACCGCUUUUUGAUGGCACCAACUACACAUAUUGGAAAGAGCGGAUGAGAAUUUAUAUCCGCUCAACCAACUUUCAGUUGUGGUUGGUCAUCAAGAAUGGCGAAGAGAUUUCAAUGAAGAAGGUCGGUGAAAAACUCGUCCCAAAGACCGAGGACGAAUUUGAUGCCGAGGACAUCAAAAAGGUGGAGAACUAUGCCAAGGCGAUCAACAUGCUGUACUGCGCGGUCAACCCAGAUGAUUAUCACAAGAUCUCUUGCUGCACCACUGCCAAAGAAAUGUGGGACAAGCUGGAGGUCACAUAUGAAGGUACGGACCAAGUUCGGGAAGCCAAAAUUGACUUCCUGACGCAGGAGUACGAGAUGUUCAGGAUGAAGGAAGGCGAAAAGAUCGAUGAAAUGUUCGAUCGGUUCUCAAAGAUCAUCAAUGAACUUCACGCUCUCAAGAAGACGUACGCCAACAAGGACCUUGUGAGGAAAAUCCUGCGGAGUCUCACACCCGAAUGGAGAUCAAAGGCAGAUGCAAUCUAUAAAUCCAUCGGAGUCUCAAAUGUCACCAUCAACGGGUUAAGAGGUAAUCUCAAAACUUAUGAAUCUACAAUUCUAACCCCAUCUUUGGAUGAGCAAAAGAAGAAGGGAAUAGCGCUGAAAGAAACCAAGGAGACCAUGGAAGAAGUUUCAAGCGAUGACGACAACGAGUUCGGAAACGCUACAAUCAUGGCCGGAGGAAAGUCCAAGAGCAAAGAUGCCAAGAAGAUGGUCACUACUGAGGCCACAACCUCUGCGCCUCAACCCUUUCCGUACCUGGACGGAUCCUUUCUCGAGUUUGGCUCGGAGGAAGAACUCACUCGCUUCAUCACCCACUUCGCUAAACGCCGUAUCUCUCCGCCAAGGGUGCUGCCCGAGUGGUUUCCCCAGCAAAAAGGGUACCACGACCUCGACAAUCAACUCAAGGAGUCGGGCUUGUGGCCCUUCGUCUCCAAGAGCCGCAUCUCCUUCAAUCCCGCCUAUGUCUGGGCCUUCUACUCCAAUCUCCAGCCUCGCCGGAAAAGCGUCUCCUACUCUACAUCCUCACCCGGAUUCUUCGCCCCCGGGACAGUAGCCACACCUCUCUCUCCAACGAGGAUCUCAAGGCGGUUCAUGCUAUCAUCCAUGGCGCCUCGAUCAAUUGGGCAAAAUACGUCAUGAUUCACAUGGCGGAUUGCGCCUCCAUCACCACCGAGCGGAGCUUGACAUACGCCUUCCUCGUCAUGGAUCUCAUUGUUGCCUCCCACAUCCACAUCGCCGGCCCGGACACAAAGAUGACGAAGAUUUGGAUCAUCCAAGACAGCACCUUCCGAAAGAAGUCCAAGGACAGAACCGGCGCAGGACCCAGUCGG